AUGAGUCUCUUUGGGUACAUGGUGGCGUUUACCAUGCAGAAAGCAUCCAACACCGGUAAAUCAUCCAACCUUCCUUCGCCAUACCAAUUCGAGCUCGCGAUCGACUGCUCGGCGGCAGCUCUACGGACCUAUAUCGGUACCUCAUCAUUGGUCCUAGCACUCAUGCUCAAUCUCGCCGUGUGCAUCACGAUGGUCGACACUCUUCUGCACAUAGGGACAUCAACCAUCCAGUACUACAGCACCAUGCCUUACCUUGCCACAGACUUCAAUUGUGGUCGUCGCCCUCCGACUGUGCGCUGGGAUAAUUCCACACUCUCUGUGUAUGCUCCCUGUAACAUCAACCUCGGCGGUUCUGGUGCGAGGACAACAUUCGCCAACUCGACCGAGGUGUACCUCACGCUCGGGCAUCAGUCCACACGCAACAUCGUCCGCCUUGCUGAUAAUAGCAAGACCGCCAUCCUCACGCCACCCACAUCCCCGUCUGGUGUACGGUUCUCAGCAAGUAGCUAUGCUUCUUCAACAACAUCUGAAACAGUGAGCAAACAAUCAGGGUUGAAUAUCUCCGGCAACUUCUCCGACAUUCUUGCUGCGGGCGGCGACUUUCCAGUGGUCCUACAGUUUUUCAGCACGCCCUCGGAAUUAUACAACACCUCUAACGGCGCCGCACACGGCAAAAUAUGGUCUGCAGUGCUGUUCUCUUUGCUGGCUGGCAGCGACGAUGGAAUGUACAGGGGCGAAGACUCUCAAAUCAUUAGCGACACGUCCUACGACCCAGACAAAGAUCUCCUCGCGGACACGUACGAAAACAUCUACGGCAUCAUCUCAUGCAGCACGACUUUGUCGGAUGUGACGUACUCGGUGAGGAUUGACGGGAGCAUCUACGACGCCGUCACUACGCCAAUGAACCACACCACAAGCUCUCCCUUUUACGGCGCCUUGUCAUAUAGUUUCGGAGAUCCGAAUCUAAGCACAGGAGUCAACCUGGCUGCAGCCUCGGCGGAGAGCCCGGAGGAUCUGGCGUACCAGUUUGCGAGAGUGAUCGAUCGCACGAUUCUGGGGUUGAGUGACGGCCUGCUCCCGGAUCAGCAGGCGGUCGGUAUGUUCCAGGUUCAAACGAAGCAGGUGGCGAAGGUGCCCGUCGCGGAGGUCGUGGCGUUGAUUGUGCUGAAUUUGGUGCUGCCUGUGGUUGGUUUGUCGCUGGGUGCGUGGGCGUGGGUUCUGUGUGUGAGACACGGUGUGAGGGACGUGCAAGCGCGGUUGGGGAUCGGGGCGCUGUGGCAGGAUGGUUUGAGGAUGAAAAGUUCAAUGAGACGGCGACCAAGGUGGAGGAAUUGUAUGCCGAGAUGA